UUUCUCUCUCAUCCACGCAGUCUCUCUCUCUAGAGAGCAUUUCAGCUCACCAUUUCCCACUGAAACUGAAACAUUUCCUAGUCUUAAAUAUUAGUAGCAGCAAAAGAUUCCAUUGUAAUAUAGGACCAUAUCAUCAUAGAUUCUUGAAAUUCAUAGUACGACACAUCAUUAUUGGCGCACAUAAUUUAACAAGAAUGUUAUCCAGAAUAAACACUGCUGUUUCAUGGAUUGUUGCGCUUAGCUGCUUCAUCUUCUUUACAUUCUCUGAAUCUAAAACCGCUCCAGAAGAAGUGGAUGCACUGCAACUAAUCGCCACUACAAUGGGGGCAAAAAACUGGAAGUUCGAUCCCGAUCCUUGUGAAAGUAAGGAAGUGGGGGUAGUACCACAGCCACCGGUUACAUACACUGAGAAUAUUGUUGAAUGCAACUGCAACGUUGGGAAUGAUUCAUUGUGCCAUAUUCGGAGAAUUGUGAUAAAGGGUUACAGUCUUCCUGGAGUUCUCCCACCGGAGCUGGUAAAACUUCCCUACAUACAAGAAGUAGAUUUUGCAUUAAAUUACCUCGGGGGUACAAUACCAUUAGAAUGGGGCACAGCACCGUUAACAUCCAUCUCUGUUCUUGUAAACCGGUUGUCAGGGGAAAUACCAAAGGUUUUAGGGCGUUUAACCAACCUCACAUACCUGAAUCUUGAAGGGAACCAAUUUUCGGGAACUAUUCCUUCUGAACUUGGGAAACUGAUAAACUUGCAAUCUCUGAUAUUGUCCUCCAAUCUUUUGGUGGGAAACUUGCCAGAUACAUUCUCGGGACUUGUGAAGUUAACGGAUUUUAGGAUAAAUGACAACAACUUGAGCGGGCCAAUUCCAGAUUUUAUACAGAACUGGAAACAACUCCAGAAAUUAGAGCUGAUUGGCACUGGACUUGAGGGCCCUAUUCCAUCCUAUAUAUCCGUUCUUGAUAACUUAGCUGACCUGAGGAUAAGCGACAUAAAAGGACCUUCUCAAAAAUUUCCUCCACUGAAUAAUAUGAGUAGCCUAAAUAUAACCGUGUUGAGGAAUUGCAACAUUUCUGAUGAAAUUCCUCCCUAUAUUUGGGAAUUUAAAUCCCUGCAAACAUUGGAUCUCAGUUUCAACAAUCUUGUGGGAGAACUUCCAAAUUUUGUUAGUGCAAGAAGUGGGCUAAAUUUUGUGUUUUUAACCGGCAACAAGCUCAGUGGAGAUGUGCCCGAGUCAGUCUUGAAGCCUGGAAUUAAUCUUGAUCUUUCCUACAAUAAUUUUACAUGGCAAGGCCCAGAUCAGCCUGCUUGCGAAACAAGGAAUCUAUAUGUGAACUUGUACAAGAGCUCUUCAAACGAAAGUUCCAUACGGAGAGUUCUUCCAUGCACAAAUCAAUUCAGCUGUCCUAGAUAUGGUUGUUCCUUGCAUGUAAAUUCUGGGGGAAGUGAUGUGUCUAUCAGUGAGGGAAACCGGGAAGUUAAUUAUGUAGGGGAUGCAGAAGUUGAAGGUGGUUCUGCAAAAUACUACAAUAGCAGCAGCGGUAAUUGGGGAUUCAGUAGCACGGGGGAUUUCUUGGAUGAUUCUAUUGAUCAAAACACACGUUUCAUCGAGACAAUUUCAUCAUCAGGUCUCUCUGAAUUGUAUAGGAAUGCUCGCGUUUCUCCUCUUUCACUUACUUAUUUCAGUUAUUGCUUGGAGAACGGGGGUUACAAUGUGAGUCUGCACUUUGCGGAGAUCAUUUUUACAAAUAACAAUACAUAUUUCAGCUUCGGAAGGCGUUUCUUUGACAUAUAUAUCCAGGAGAAAUUAGUUUGGAAAGACUUCAACAUUGAAGACGAGGCUCGUGGAGUUCAAAAGCCUGUUGUCAAAUAUUUUAAUGCUACCGUAACUGAUAAUACCUUGGAGAUUCGAAUUUAUUGGGCUGGGAAAGGGACUACUCGUAUUCCUGCAAGAGGACAUUAUGGCUCUCUCAUUUCAGCUAUUUCAGUUGAUCCACUUUUCAAAACUUGUAAAGAUGACGAGGGGGAUAAGAAGAACAUAGUCGUUCCUAUUAUUGUUGGACUAUUGGUUGGGUUCUCUGUCGUGAUCAUCGUUGGCCUGCUUUGGUGGAAGAGAUAUUUGUUUUGCAAGAAAGGAAAAACCACAGGUCUGGAAGGGGUGGAGUUGCAAAUGGUUUCGUACACGUUAAAACAAAUUAAAGCUGCUACAAACAACUUUGAUAAUGCAAACAAGCUCGGAGAAGGCGGGUUUGGUCCCGUAUACAAGGGUCGGUUAGCUGAUGGUACCUUGAUUGCGGUGAAGCAACUAUCCUCCAAGUCGACGCAGGGAAACCGCGAGUUUUUGAACGAGAUUGGCAUGAUUUCUUGCUUGCUACACCCGAAUCUCGUUAAGCUUUACGGGUGCUGUAUUGAAGGAGAUCAGUUGCUGGUUGUGUAUGAAUACAUGGAGAAUAACAGCCUUGCUAGUGCAUUGUUCGGCUCGGAGAAGAGUCAAUUGAUACUGGAUUGGCCAACGAGAUUCAAGAUUUGCUUAGGGAUUGCGAGAGGUUUAGCCUUUCUGCACGAGGAAUCUAGCCUUAAGAUUGUUCACAGAGACAUUAAAGCUACCAAUGUGCUGCUUGACCGGGACCUCAACCCGAAAAUUUCAGAUUUUGGACUGGCUAGGCUUACUGAAGGCGAGAAGACCCAUAUUAGUACGAGAGUCGCUGGAACAAUAGGUUAUAUGGCACCCGAAUAUGCGUUAUGGGGUUACUUGACCUACAAGGCAGAUGUUUACAGCUUCGGAGUUGUACUGCUAGAAGUCAUUAGUGGCAAGAACAAUAACAACUACAUGCCGAGCCACAAUUGCAUUUGUCUUUUAGAUUGGGCUUGUCACCUGCAACUCAGCGGAAACAUGGAAGAGCUCAUUGAUCCAAAGAUGGGUGGUCUUAUCAACAAAAAAGAAGCAGAAAUGAUAGUGAAAGUCGGGCUAUUGUGCACGAGUGCAACUCCAUCUCUGAGACCUAUAAUGUCCGAGGUUGUGGGCAUGCUCGAAGGCAAAAUCGCCAUCCCCGACGAGAUCCCAGAGGCGAGCACAUACACCGAUGACUUGAGGUUCAAGGCCAUGAAAGACUUCCACCGCGAAAAGCUUAAGCAGAUGUCCACUGGAAGCCAAACUCAGUACUCAACAACAGUUCAAACCGACUUAGCUCGAGGGGCACUGCCAUCCCACAAUUCGACCAUUCCCCGGCCUUCAUGGUAUUCAUUAUCUGACUAGCUAGCUGCUAUAGUGUUUUGGUCUUCUUUUUUACACUUCUCAUAGUGAUUGUCUUGGUGAGUAAAUAUAUGUUCAGAAGUUUUGGAGUGUA